AUGAAAAUGGAAGCUAUUCUGAGCUUAAAAAAGCUGGAUAAAAUAAUAAAUAAAGAGAAGCUAGCAGAAAAUGCCGAACAGAAAACAAGGAUCGAAUGGGAAACGAAGAACAAAGAAGCAGUGGCAUAUAUACGCUUACAUUUAUUGGACGAACAAGCACUGCAGUUUGCAACCGAAAUUGAAGCGAGGUUACUGUGGCUCAAAAUUAAAAAUGCCUACGCAGGAGCGGCAGAGGACCAAAAGAUCGACGCGAGCAACGACUUGAAAUUUCUCCGUAUGGAAGACAAAAAAACAGUAAGCAACUAUAUUACACGUGCGCGCGGUCUAUUUACGAAAUGUGCAUCGUUGGGCUUGAAUAUAACGCCACGAGAAUUAGUAUAUUACACAGUACGUGGAAUAAACAAUCAUUACGAAGAUAUCCGCGAAAUACUGAAAACACAACGGGAAAAGUCCAUGGAGGAAGUUCACAAGAUACUCAAGGAACAUGAGAAAGAAUCCCAACGCCGAGGAAGCUAUCUUAGGGAAACGGAAGGGGCAUAUACUAUUCAAAAGAAGAAUGACAAGAGAUGCUAUAUCUGCGGUAAAAGCGGCCAUAUUGCAAAGAUAUGUUGGAACCGUAAACACUACAAGGAGAUCAUCACCGUAACACCGUAA